UAGGCUAAUUUGCGCCGUAAGUAAUCAUUAGAAGGGCUGAGGUUUUUUUCAACAGCAAUAUACCUAUAGCAGACGUCCUGGACACUAUGAAUAGUGAAGCCGAUAAUGACGCACUACUUCACUUCAUGGAAGAGGUGCGUGCAUUAUGGGGACGAGCAAUAUUUUCAGUUAAAUGUUUCCUGCAGGAUGAGGGGCUCGCCUUAUUUCUCUAUGAAAAGUUCGUCCACAACAAGGAGACUCCAAUUGAAGCGGUGUCAGAAGCUGUCCUUCUGCAAGCGUUGGAGGAAUAUUUCGCGAUUCCGCCCACUGAGGCCAGCUCGGGCAUUGAGGACCGCCCUGAAUCCUCCCAAGACGGUCCUACAGAGAUUGGCGUCCCAGAUGAUAUGCAGAAAUGCGGAUGGAUGGAUGAGGCCACACAUAAAGAGUGCCCUGAGCUCGUACCAGCAGGUCGGCAAUCGAUGCUCUCACAUCUGAACAAGGCGCACAAUGUCCGUGGUCCAGAGAAAACCGAAAUAAAGUGCAUGUGGGGUGUACUCCAGUCAGGCUACAAAAUCCCAUGCGGGGAGAAAUUCCAGCGCCGCACCGCACCCCGCCACAUGACGAAGCAUUUGGGGUUUCGUUGGCAGUGCGAGCAAUGCGAAAAAAGCUUUGCCCGCUCAGAUCUUCUGAGGAGUCAUGAACGUGAUAAACAUGAGGUCCAAGACAUAGGCUAGUGCAACAGAUGCUAAAUUGCACAGCUAGCCCAGGUUUUAUCAUGUACUAAGCGCGUUGCCCUAGCACACAUGUACCAUUACCACAUCAUGAUAUACCGAUGCCUACCGUUUUUCGUCGCUUGAAUUUGAUGACCUAAGCUGCUAAUGAUUUCAACAUGUGUUUAAAAGUCGACUUCAUCACCCCCAGUGGUUCAAUAGACGCGAGAGCGCCGAACUCGAGAUAGUCCACAAUGGCGCGGUCAAUACCUGAACCCGAGCAGUAAAGAUACAAGAUACAAGUCCCUGGUUACCAUCGCUAGUGGAGAACGGUUUUUUGACCACACGAAGUCGGACGACCCGACAUAUAUGAAGAAGCUGAAAUUCAGCCUGCAGCGGCUGACUCGAGGCUGCCUAGUAAUACUAAGCUUUU